AUGGCUCUGACCACUGAUCCCAAUAACACGACUCAACAACCACAACUUCCACCACAUCCCUAUGCAAACCGAUUAAAUAAUACCCAAAACCCCGUGAUGAUGAAUCCUAACGUUGUCAUGACUGGAUAUCCCUCUCUCCAAGCUGCAUCAUCCAAUAAUAAUAACAACAAUAUGGUUCAAUUACCAGUCCUUCCACAUCAACAACAAGUGUAUCCAUCAUUGCAAGGAGGAUCUACCAUGUACACUGGUGCAGGAGUGGUCAACAACAACAACAUGCCCAAUCAACCUCUUCCUCCUGUACAAUUUGUUGGAAACAACCAUCCUCAACAACCACAGUUCAUACAACCACAAAUGGUUACCAUCACUACAACUACCACUGAGAAUGGAGGCGCUGCUCAGGUCAGUACCGAGGAGGACGCUACAUUGAGACUUGCUGGACGAUCCAUUGCCAGACAAAUGUGGGAAAAGUUGAAGCAACGUGUUCGUUCACCAACUGCUCUCAUCGGCUCGUUGUGCAAUUUAUUGAGUUUGACCCUGGUCUUUGAGGUCAUUACUAUGCUUGCAUUGAGUUUUUCAGGUGGUAACGUCCCAGCAUAUCUCCAUGCUGUGUUUUGGAUCAUGCUUGCAAUUGAGAUUGUUUCAAUGAUUUUGAAAUCACCAGUUCUCAUGUUGUUGAACUUGAUUCUUAACUUUACAUGUUUUGUGAUGGCCAUUGUUGCCUCAAAGACUUCUUACGUUCUUCUUCAAGGUUUUGGUAUUAUCAUUGCCUUGUUCUUCUUCUCUGGCAUUUUCACCAUUCGAUUGGGAGUGAGAUAUCUUCAAAAGGUUAAUGCUCAAAAGACUGCUGCUGUUGAAGCUGCUGAGAAUGGUGGUCAAAUUUCACAAAACACAGCUGAGACUCUCCAAUCUCACAAUCCAUUCCUUGCUUUGGUUGAAUCCUUAAGAAAGAAUCAAAAGAUUGCCAUGGAAUACAAGAUUUCUGAUCUUCUCAUUGGUGCCGAGUAA